AGCAGUCACAGAGCAGCAGCAUCCCAGCGCUAGCAUCACUGUAAGCAAAGACUGCGGGCAGGAGAAGGACCCCAAUGUCUCUCUGAAAACAGAGUGCCCCUCCUCCCUCCCAAGACUUCCUUAGAAAAUCUCACUCCCUCUCAAGACUGCACAGAAGACAACACAUCACCCCAGAGCAAGCACUUUGAGGACAGGACAUCCCUCCAGAACAUCAAUGCAGGCAGGUCAAGGAGCCUUGUACUUUGCUACAGAGUAGUGCAGACCUCAUUCCAGUACUCCUGAGGGCAGGACACCAUGUCAGUACCUUCUGAGAAUACAGGAUCACAACAAGUCAUCUCAUAACCCAGUUCUUCACUGAAGACAAGCAAAGACCCCAAAAUAUUGGUGAAGACACGGCAUUAACCUUCUUUGGGAAGGACAUAUUUCCAGAACCUCACUGCAAAGUGAACUGGUAGAACAAGACCUCCAAUGCUUUAUUGUAAGUAGAUUAAGACCCCCCCCCCCCCCCCAACAUUUCUCUGAAGAAGACCAUCACUCCAACUUUUCACUGAAAACAGGAGAACCUCCAAGACUUGAGAGGAGACCUCACCCCAACAACCAUUCCAAAGACAGGGCAUCACACCAUUUCAUUGGGGACCACCAAAAGGACCAUCCCAGGGACAGGGCAUUCAUAAGCUGCACUCUUACAGCUUCUUAGUAUUUGUAAGUAGUGGUAGACCCAGGCAAGGAACCAAUGGGAACUCAAGAGCCUAACAAUCCUUUGCAACCAGUCAGUUGAGCUCCACUCUACUGAAGGUAGGAAACAAGUUAUGGACUCUGUAGAACUUUUUGCAGGUUGUGCAUGACUUGCAUUAUACUGCUGGAAAUAGAACAUUGCCUGCAAAACUGCACCCUAAAACUAAAAAGCCAACAAGACAUGACCCAGUCACCCAAGUCCUCUCACAGCUGAGCUACAAGGGUACACCACAUGAGUACAGCACCCCAACACUCUAUCUACUCCAAGAAAGUCAUCACUUCACCCAAGAAUCCAAUAGGAUCUGGACACCACUUGUACGGUAGUUGACUAAGAAGACUUCACCGUUCCUUCCAUGCACCCAGCACCGGGAUGGACCCUGCUCCUCAGGUCUAAGCUGCUUACCUGCCAAGACCCUAGAUUAAACUCUCAGCACCUUCACCACACGCUUCUAGGGUUGAGGUCUACAUACUAAGAGGCCAAGAACACCAAGCUUCAGCCUCAUGGUCUGGAUGCUGGACCUCACAUAACAGCCAAGGGUAUUCCACUGUUUAAAGGUGGUUAAUGGAGAGACGGUCGAAUGACAGCCGGGACUGUGGUCAUCACCGGUGGAAUAUUAGCGACUGUUAUCCUUCUCUGUAUUAUUGCAGUUCUCUGCUAUUGCCGGCUACAAUAUUACUGCUGCAAGAAGGAGGACUCGGAAGAGGAUGAGGAAGAGCCAGACUUUGCCGUCCAUUCCCGAUUCCCACCGGUACAUUGCAACCGGAAUGUAGUGUUAGCCAACGGCCCGUCCAUCUACGCCUCCCCCUACAACAAGAAGCAUUCGCAGCACUGCAGGAGCGUGUGCCAGGGCUGCUCCCACAAUGAACCGCCGGCUUUCCUCCUGCACCCACCGGACGAAAUCCGAAAUGGCGGCGACCGCAUCACCUACAAAGCGAUCAGCCAGGAAGAAAUCGAACUGCCGGUUAACCUGAGCAAUUUGCAGAUGCUCAACCCCAACCGCCUGUCUGCUAUGAGGGAGGCUUUUUCCCGGAGCCGCAGUAUCAGCACGGAUGUAUGAGGGCGGAGCGCCACCUCCUGGCCGGACGCCGCCCCCUCUCCUGUCCUCGGCAUGUUUGGCUUUGCUCGGUACCACCUCCCUAUACAUCAUCAUCACCGCCAUCUGUUUUCUUCUCUAUUCCUUUUUUCUGAAACCAUGAAAAAUUUUUGGAAAACUUUGUCUCCCUCUUGUGGUUGAUAUUGUGCAAAAAAUACCCUUUAAGACGUGAAACGCACAGUACAACAGUUUUUUUCCCCGUCCAUGCUUCAGUCUCGCCACCGAUGAGAAGUAUCGGCAAAGAGUGUUUUUUUUUUUUUUUUUUAACAAUGAAUGUAUUUAGACCUGAUAGAAGUAUAUAAUACGUCACAGUAAGCAAAAAAAAAAAAAAAUGGUGGCACUAAGUCCCUGCCGCAGUAUUGAAUUUUUUUUUUCAACAAAACUUUAUUUGUACCCUAUAUUUAAUGACAUGCUGUGUGUUGUACUUUUUACGUGUGACAAAAGGGGACAUGAUGUCAAAAUAUUGUCACAGACAUUUUUUGUGCCACUUGGAUGCGGUCACCGGGACGGGAAUAGUGACUAGAUAUUUAUGCAAUGGGGACGUGGAGAAGGAGGGGACUUUUUGUAAGGCGCAAGAGCAAUAGGCGCUACCUACAGGUCAGAGAUAGAAUUAAGAAAAUUUGCACAGAAAAAAAGGGGGCACAUACAUUUUUGGAAGGCUCCUCCCAGCCAUAACAUGCUACUUAAGUUAUAUCCAUACGUCAGAAUUUUUUUUUAGACUCUAUAGGUGUCUAUGUAUCUGCUGAAAUCUGUAUACAGCGACAUUCCUUUAAUCCGGUAUCACCACCACCUGAAUUAUCAAAUGUUCUGGAUGAUCAAAUGGUCGUAGAAAAGUAUAAAAAGUGUCCAGAACAUAAAAUAUGCUGCUACCCCCACCAGCAUACAGGGCAUUCGGAAAGUCUUCAGACCCUUCCACUUAUUUAACAUUUUGUUACCUUGCGAUGUUGCGGACUUUUUCUAGUACCAACAGAAUCCCAGUUUCCCCCAUUAUUCUUCACUCAAUACCCCAUAAUGAGAAAGGAGAAACAGAAUUGGGGAAUUUUUUGCGAAUUUAUUAAAAAGGAAAAACUAACAUUUCACAUGGACACAAGUAUUCAAACCCCUUACUCAGGACUUAGGUGAAGCCUCUUUGGCAGGGAUCACAGCCUCCAAUCUUCUUGGGGAUGAGGCCAUAAGGUUUAUACACCUGGAUGGAUUUGGGGAUCUUCUGCCAUUUUGCUAUGCAUAGUAUCUGUACUUUGCUCGUUCAACUUUUCCUCAGUUCUGACCAGUCUCCCGGUUCCCCCCCAGACAUGAUGCUGCCCCCACCAUGAUCACUGUAGGGAUGGUAUUGGGCAGUGCCUGGUUUCCUACAGACAUGAUGCUGCCCCCACCAUGAUCACUGUAGGGAUGGUAUUGGGCAGUGCCUGGUUUCCUACAGACAUGAUGCUGCCCCACCAUGAUCACUGUAGAGAUGGUAUUGGGCAGGUGAUGGGCAGUGCCUGGUUUCCUCCAGACAUGAUGCUGCCCCCACCAUGAUCACUGUAGGGAUGGUAUUGGGCAGGUGAUGGGCAGUGCCUGGUUUCCCCCAGACAUGAUGCUGCCCCCACCAUGAUCACUGUAGGGAUGGUAUUGGGCAGGUGAUGGGCAGUGCCUGGUUUCCUCCAGACAUGAUGCUGCCCCCACCAUGAUCACUGUAGG